CCCUAAACCCUAACAUCCCCCCCCCCUCGUCCAAAACCCUAAUCCAACCCCCUUUUAUUUGCCCCUCUUUUAUUUUAUUACCAACACCGUAGAGAGCGAUUCUGGGAGAAACCCUACUCGCACUGUGAUAAUCUCGCGAGUGCCCUUCGCCCCUCUCUUCCUCUCUCGCCCUUCGACUUCUGGUGAGGUUCUCCCUUCGACUUCUGGUGAGUCAAAAGGGUACGAAAUCUCGUGUUCGUUGUAGAGAUGGAGGCGUUGUGCAGAAGCGAGAGCAGUGGAACUGCUGUUCUCUUCUCCAUGAUGGAACUCCUGGUGGCGGAGACCUUUUUGGCCGCGGAAAGGUCUCUCCUUUGGCUUCUUCUGGUGGUGGGUUCAUUAUCAAGCGAAAUUGACGUAUUGGGUAGAAGGCCAGAAGUAAUUUAUGGGGUACUUGGAAAAAGCAAAGCUGAAUGUGUGCCUGAGAAUAAGGAUGAUGGCGAAUCAGAUGAUGAUGAUGAGGAUGAUGAAGAUGAUGAAGAUGGUGGAGAGGACCAAGACGAUGAUGGAGAUCAAGAUGAUCUCUCAGGCGGGGAAGGUAACAAUAAUGAAGGAGAUGAUGAUGAAGACCCCGAGGCUAAUGGUGGAGGAAGCGAAGAGGAGGAUGACGACGACGAUGAUGAUGAAGAUGACGACGACGAUGAUGGUGAGGAGGAUGAGGAUGACGAAGAAGAUGAUGAAGACGAAGAAGAGCUCCCCCAGCCUCCUUCUAAGAAGAGGAAGUGAGGUAAUGCUACAUUUUCUUGAUUAGAGGAUAGAUUUAUGGGGGGCUUAGUUUGUGGAUGGGGUCUUGGUUGUCUUAGGAUAGGAAAAAGAGAAGUGACCAGUUGUGAAUUAACUCUUAUUUUUUUUUCCCUCCUUUCUGUGUUUUACUCUUGAAAUAUCAGAUUGCUGAUGGACAUUCGUUGUAUUCCAAGGGUCUCUCUCUCUCUCUCUCUGAGCAUUCUUAGUAGAAUACAUGUUAGCAAUGUUCAAUGUGGGAGUAGUUUAGUCA